AUGUGUCGGAAACGAUUAGAGGCUAAAACAGACACGAGCGCCUACUUUACGCAUUGCAAACAGGAGCCUGUUCGUCAAGCAGGUGUAUUUAUGCCGCUCUGUGUCCAUAAAGGUGUUCCUAGUGUCCUCUUUACGAUUCGCGCCAAACAUAUGAGGAAUCACAGGGGUGAAGUCAGUUUCCCCGGUGGGAAGCGUGAUCCUUCAGAUAAAACCAUUUUGGACACAGCACUGCGUGAGAUGGAAGAAGAAAUUUUCAUCUCCCGAGACGAUGUCGAGGUCUUGGGAGAGUAUGCACCCUUACCCAAUAAGGACUGUACCAUGAUAGUACAUACGUUUGUAGGGCUCAUCAAGGAGCCAAUCGAAGACAUUGAAUCCAUCCGCUUCAACAAGGAUGAAGUCCACAAGGUCUUUACUGUUCCCUUUCGAGAUCUCGUCAGUGAUAGUAAGAGAGCAAUGGUGCAAUUCCGUAGUUCAAAAUUUCUCUAUCCAGUAUGGCAGGUUGAGCAUGAAAACAUCGCCAUCUGGGGUCUAACUGCGUUUAUUAUCGAUGGUAAGGGAAGUAGAAAGAAAGAGUUUGGAAAGGGAUGUAACUUUUUACUGCUGUUGUAG